UUUCUUUGGGUUUCAUUGAGCAAUGCACUAAUAGAGUCAACGUAGGCAAACAGCUGCCACCCUCACCAUGAAAAUAGAAGGUGCCUCGGUGGUCCUUGCUCUGGCAUUUUUCUGCUUCUUCUCAGAUGUUGCCAGCCAAGCUUCGAUUAAGGAUGAGUGCACGAAAAUUUGGUCACUUCUGCGCAGUGGGAAGUUUUCCUGUCCCACCACCAAGGAGCACAUCAGCAGCCCGGAUGGAAAAGCAGACCUCAACAAGUGCCUGAUGUGCCAAAGGCUGCUGGAAAAAGACUCAAAAAGCAAAGGGAGUGGUGAAGAGGUGAACAGGAAUGCGGACUCCUUGGGAGAGGAUGACUGCCGAGAGUUUCGGGACCUGUUCAAGAAAGGAAAACUUUCCUGCACCAGAGAAAAUGAUCCCGUCCGGGAUUCGUCUGGGAAACAGCACAGCAAUAAGUGCAUCAUGUGUGCAGAGAAGUUCAAAAGGGAGAAUGGACAGGAGUCAUCUAGAAACAGACAAAAGGAAGAUAAGGACGUCUGCAGUGAGUUUCGCUCCCAGUUUGAAGCUGGUGGACGACUGUCCUGCACGAGGGAGAACGACCCUGUUCGGGACUCCUCUGGCAAGCAGCACAUCAACAAAUGUCUCAUGUGCGCUGAGAAGUUAAAAAAAGAAGCCCAAAGAGGGAUUCAGUCUGGUGGAACUGGCCAGCGCAACAAACAAGCUUCAGGGAACACAAGCCAGAAGGGCUGCAGUGGUUCAGGGUCACAGCAGAAGACAAAUGAGAGACGUCCCUUCUCAUCGAGCAGAGAACCACAAGGAAACGCAGCUCAGAGCGGUGGGAACUGCAAGACGACACCUGGCCGCAAGACACAGAGCAGGGACACGGAUGCCUACCGGCUGCUGGACUGUGAUCGAAUUCUGCACGGGGUAAAGGGUGGAAGGAUUUUCUGCAGCAAAUCCUCAGAACCAGUCUGUGGCACUGAUGGGAAAACAUACAAAAAUGAAUGUGACUUGUGUUCAGCUGCCAUGAAAGCUUCAAACUACAUCACGGUAAACUAUCGAGGUGAAUGCAAAAAGCCUGCUCCUGAAGUGAAGUAAUGGAGCUCAGACUGCCAGCAAACACCAGGGAUCAGCUGUGACCAAAGGGCAAGUAAAGGAAGAGAUGAUGUUGAGCAUCAGGAGAGCUGCCAAGUCCCCAGGACUGCCAGAGCUGUCUUCAUCCCCAUCUGCGGCCAGCGGGCCCUGUCUUGCUCAGGUGGAGGGCAAAGGGCUGUGGGGAUGCAGUGGUGUCUUCCCAGAUCUGCCCCAUGCGCGCCGUCGCGGUCUCUGCUGCCUCGCUGUGUCUUUAAUGUGCUUCUACAAUAAAGAUAACUCAGCAUCUUCA